AUAGUUUAAGAUCCGUGGUACUGGCAAUCUUCUCAAAUAAUCAUUCUGAAUAGAGCCAACAAUUUGUUGAGAGAAUAUAACAUUCAUUUGUAUUGUAUAAAAUAAGUGGUUGAUAUUCAAGAUAUUUUCAAAAUGGCAGAACAUUCAGGAAUAACACCACCGAUAUCUAAUAAUGGGAUUGAAGAUGAAAACCAACUGAAAAUGGAACCAUUGGGAAAGUCUCCUAGUUCUUCUGAUCUGAAAUAUUUAACAUGGUUGGUACUACUAGCACAAGCAUUCGGACUAUCUGCAGUAGUUUUGGUAGCGGUGUGGAUGGGCCAUUUUCAGAAAGGAUUUUCUUGGCAGAGUGAUCCCAAUUUAGAAUUUAAUUAUCAUCCUUUGUUCAUGAUUAUUGGAAUGAUUUUCCUGUAUUCUGAUGCUAUUUUAGCCUAUAGAGUGUUCCGUAAUGAUAAGAAAAUCUAUGUCAAACUUCUGCAUGCUGGCAUGCAUGUCUGUGCUUUACUCUUUGCUGCUGUUGGACUUAAAGCUGUCUUUGAUAGUCACAAUCUACCAGACCCACCUAAAGCUAACCUAUCAACUCUACACAGCUGGGUUGGUUUGAUUGCUGUGGUCCUGUAUGGUCUACAGUGGCUUGGUGGAUUCUUCUGUUUUUUAUUUCCAAAAGCCGGAAUGGCUACACGGAUUAUGAUGAUGCCACAUCAUCAGUUCUGGGGAAUGGCUAUUUUUGGAUUUGCUGUAGCUGCUGCCCUAAUGGGAAUCACAGAAAAAGCCAUCCUCUCAAUCAAACCGGUCAGCUAUUUUGGUAAACCACCAGAGGGUUUGGUUGCUAACUUCCUUGGUUUGAUGAUUUUAGGCCUAGCAACAACAGUUAUUUACAUAUUGACUAGACCUGAAUACAAGCGACCUCCUUCACCAGAUGAAGAACAUCUUCAGUUACAAGAGAACUGAUUGGCUACAUUGGUUUGGACCUCUCCCAAUCAGAAUUAUUCAUAUAAUGGUGCAUUCAAUGGGGGCUAUAUAUAAAUGUUUUACUUGCUGUUUGUAAAAUCUGUCAGUGUGUUUGAUGGUAGAAUAUAUAACCUUCUUGAAAUUAAGAAAUUUUAUCUUGUAUUAUUGGAAUUAGUUCUACCCAUUUUCUGUAAAUAUCAUGUUUGUGGCAGACAAACUCGCUUUCUAGACAUUAUUAUUAUAUGGGGAAUAUUUUAAUCUCUCAGUAGAUUUUUUGCAGAUAGCUAUAUAAUUGAUGAUUUUCAGAAUGAAAAUUUUGCUGCCAAAGUCCCCAUUUUAUGUUUUUUUUCUUCAUAAUUUACUAUUCCAUUUAGUCUGUAUCACAUAUUCAUGUAAUCUACAUUCAAAGCAUUCAAGUUAUAAGGUCAUUAUGUAUAUUUUUAUUUCUGAUCAACUUCACACCCCAUCUUUUUGUUUUAUUCUCUCUGUUUUUAUUUAAAGAUCCAUUUCCACUAUGUGUCAAUAAAUGAGACAAGAAUAUAUUAUAGGUCAGAAUUGAUUUCUGAUCUUAUUUUAAUUUCAAAUCUUUUAAAUAUAAUAUUUAUUGGCAGCAAUGAAAUUCGAUACCGAUUCUAUAUUAAAGAUGCAUUAUGUGAGAUUUAGAUAAAGAGCUGGUCAUUCUUGCUUUAAUAGUUCAAAAAUAGAUAAUGAAAAAUGAAUAUAUUGAAAUUUUCAUUCAAAUUGCAUUAUUCUGACCAAAGUGAUGACAGUUUGAAGAUACACAUUAAAACUACAAAACUAAAGUAAUAAAGAAUUUGAUGUUUUUGAAUAUGGUCAAGAUAUGCGCAAGUUCAUUUGUAUUCAUAUGUUUUGCUUCGAAUUUAAAAUGUCUUAACCCGUUGUAAUGAUAUAACUUUGUAAUUCCUUGUCACUUAUAUUCCUUCUUAUAUACCUUUAUACCCUUUUUUCUUUUGAUUAUAUAUCCUAUAUCUGUUUAUUCAUGUCAGGGUAAAUUAUUUAGGCUUGUUUCUUUUAAUUUUUUAAGUCAAGAAAUUGUGCCAGAAAAAAAAAAUAUUUCAAAUUCUGGUUUCCAUUAAAUGCCAUUAGGACUUUGUCUUGUAAUGGAUGGUUUAUUGAUAGUAAUAUAACAUAAAGUUGUGAUGGAAAUCUUUUAAAAAUAUAUAUGAAAGGGAUUAGAAAUCAAAAUAUAUCAGUAUUCAGCCAGAUUCAGUGGCUUGUUUAUUUAUUCCUUGUCUUAGAAAGCUCAAAAUCAAAAAUAUGGCCUACAUUAUAACUUAUUUCUUAAGAUACAUCAGGCUCCGAGAUUAUAUCCAACCCUUUCGUUUUAACUUCUCAAUUUACCAUACCAAUGUGGAUUAUCCAUUUUGCUCAGUGGAAGGGAUUUGCUGUAGAAAAUUGGUUAAAAUGAUACGGUUGUUUUGUCUGUGUAGAAUCCAAAUGAUUUUAUGCAAGCAUUAUAAAAGGUUGUAUCCAAAUUGAUUUUUAAUAACUUGGUUUUAAUCUGAUGUACCCAAUUUGAUGUAAUUACCAUACAGGAAAAUUGGUCAAAAAUGGGUGCUGGGGUUGCUUUUAAAAAGGAAUUAAACAAAAGUGCCUUGAUGGUUUACUUUUAUGGCAUAUUGUAAGACAUAUUUUAUGUUUAGCUUACAUAGAGUAAGCAAAUGUUGUUAGGGGCUAAUUACAGUUAUAAGAAACCCAGUUGUUGGGUGCUAUUACAGUUGAAUAUGGUAAAUUUAGCCUAUGUGUUCCCUUGUAUUGAACAAUAAUAAUAGUUUGCAUGUAUUUGUAUUUUGAGAUUUAGUUAAGUUACAAUGGCAUACAUGAAUGUUCUACGAGUAGACUGUUUAGAAUAUCAAUUGACUGUGUCUAACAAUAUAAAUGAUUCACAGAGUCCUACAUUUUUAUAUGGAAAAUGAUGAAAUGGUUCAAAACUAGCAAUUCCUAUUAGCAUCAGGAUCUCCAAUAAUCUAUUAGUGAUUUUAGGAGCAUUAUGUUUUAACAUAAAUGUCUGAAGCUAGAUUUGAAGGAGCUAUAUGAUAUUCCAGAGAAUAAGCUGUUGGGAUGACAAUGUGAAAACACAUGACAGUGCUGGACCUUGUUGUAGUCUUGCUCAUCUUGAAUAGAUUCAUGUGAUGUCAGCUGUCAAAGGACAAUUUGCUUGCAACAUCAUCUUUUGGUCAGUUCCUAGAAAUCAUUUAAAAUGAUCACUGAUUUAUCAGUCAAUGGAAAUAACAUAAUUAUUUAUGAUUUUUUUAUUAAUAUUAAAACUACUGAUAGCAUUGACCAUGUAGUGAUUGAAAACAAGAACCAGUGGCAAUGUGGUUGGGCUGAGUAGAUGUUUGAUAGCAGUGGAAUUAUUGUCAUAUUUACAGGUUGUAAACUAGAACCAGUGACAAUAUGGUUGUUAAUAAGGAUAUUUAGUUUUUAAUAUUCAUAUCAAUUAUUGUAUGUAUGAAUUGUAUAUUUAUAGAUGUUGUAUAUAAGUAUACUUUAUAAGUAUAGAUAUGCUCUUUCCUUGAUCUCUUAGAAUAGUGUUAUUUAAAUUACAUUCCAAAAUAAGACAUUUAUGUAUUUUGUUUUAAAUUAUGUACCUGGAUAUUAAAUUUAAAAGAUCUACUUGAACUUAUUCCUACCAUUAAGCUAGAUUAUUUGAAAACAUGAGAUUGUUCAACCUCCAUGACAGACUAAAACAACUUUACAUCAUAGAUCUUUUGGAGUUACAAAGUCACCAUGUAUUGGAGUUAUAAGCUCACCAUGUAUGUGCAGGCAGCAAGUUUGAAAACAUUGAAGCUUUUUAGGUCUGCCCACUUAUUUUGUUGAUUUCUCUGUUAUUAUGUCUUCUUCCCUCAUUGCUUUAUUUGAACUUAAUGAAAUCGAUUGCCAAUCAAAAUCUUUUUAAAAUUUUAAAAUUUAAUGUCUUAUUACUUCAAUUACUCAAAAGAAAUAGUAUUAGUUUAGGAACCCUCUUAGCUUAUUAACUAAUUAAAUAUAUAUUUAAGUUUUGGGGUUUUUUUUCAAUUUACACAGGCUCUUAUCUUUUUUAAAUAAUGUACAUUUUAAUAGUGUUUCUCUAUCUUGACUCAAUUUUUAUUUGUGUGUAUUAACUAUUAAAAUAUAUUAGUGUUGUUGCAUAAUUCAUAAAUUUUUAGUUUUUCACUCAUUGUCAUGAACAAAAUAAGACCUUAAAAACCAUUCCAUUAUCAAUAAACAGUGAACAAGGGUAAGAUUAUCACACUGUAUUUUAUUGUCCCCCGCCUUUCGAAGAAAGCAAGGGACUAUUAAAAUGGGUUCUUCCGUCUGUCUGUCUGUCUUUCCGUCCGUCCGUCUGUCUGUCCGUCCGUCCGUCCGUCCGUCCGUCCGUCUGUCCGUCACACUUUUUGGGACACAAUAACUCUCCUUCUAAUUGACCUAGAAUGUUCAAACUUGGUGUAGGUGUUUAUUAGGUCAAUGUCUUGAUGGAGUUCGAAGAUGAGCAUUUUCUGCUUAGGGUAAGCAGAGAUAAGCGAUUUGAUUGGUUGAUGCUUUGGGACACGAUAACUUUAGUUCUAAUUAAGUGAGAGUGAUGAAACUUGGUGUAUAGUUUCAUUACAUCAAUACCUUGACUAAGUUCGAUAAUGAGCAUUUUCUGCUCAGGGUAAGCAGAGCGAUAAGCAAUUUGAUUGGCCGAGACUUUGGAACACAAUAACUCUCCUUCUAAUUGAGGUAAAAUGUUCAAACUUGGCGUAGGUGUUUAUUAGGUCAAUGCCUUGAUGGAGUAUGAAGAUGAGCAUUUUCUGCUUAGGGUAAGUAGAGAUAAGCAGUUUGAUUGGUUGAUGCUUUGGGACACGAUAACUUUAGUUCCAAUUAAGUGAAAGUGAUGAAACUUGGUGUAUAGUUUCAUUACAUCAAUACCUUGACUAAGUUCGAUAUUGAGCAUUUUCUGUUGAGGGUAAGCAGAACGAUAAGCAAUUUGAUUGGCCGAGACUUUGGAACACAAUAACUCUCCUUCUAAUUGAGCUAGAAUGUUCAAACUUGGUGUAGGUGUUUACGAGGUCAAUGCCUUGAUAGAGUGCAAAGAUGAGCAUUUUCUGCUUAUGGUAAGUAGAGAUAAGCAAUUUGAUUGGUUGAUGCUUUGGGACAUGAUAACUUUAGUUCUAAUUAAGUGAGAGUGAUGAAACUUGGUGUAUGGUUUCAUUACAUCAAUACCUUGCCUAAGUUCGAUGAUGAGAAUUGUCUGCUUAGGCUAAGGAGCAAUAAGCAUUUUGAUUGGUCAAGACUUAGGAACAUAACAACUCUGCUUCUAACUUGAUGUUGAUGUUCGUCUUGACCGAAUUCAAUGAUUAACAUAUCGAGCUAAAGCUAAGCAGAGAUAAGCAAUUUCCUUGGUCGAUGCUUUGGGACAAGAUAACUUUGAUUCUAUCUGAUAGAGAGUGAUGAAACUUAGUGUAUAGUUGAUAAUCAGUUUGAUUGCUCAAUACUUUUGAAAAAAAUAGAUGUGCGAUUAAUUAAUAUGUGUCAUCUAUUUAUUUGGGGAUUUCGGCGGGGGACAUCAGCCUCACUGUUGGCUUGUUAAUAAUUAGAAAUCAGUACAAAGAAAUCAUUAUGUACAGACAUUGGUUUUUUGAAACAGUUAGGGAACUAAGCCUACCCAAAUAUUUUUAAAUGUCUUUUAUAAUUGACAAUUAUGUUGUGCAAUAUCUAUGUUCUGAACCGCCCCGUACACACACACCCACCCGGCUAAGAGUCAGUUAAACUUUAAAUUUUGAUUCAAUGAAUUACCGGUAUACUGCUCCACUGAAAUGGAUGUAGAAUAUAUCUUACUUAUAGUAUAGACAGAAAAUAAUUACUAAAAGUAAUAAAACUUAUGAUGCACAUUAAAGUUAAUGUCUUGGUCCCUUUUCUUUGAAAAAUUGCUGGUUAUUUGAUAUAAUAUAUAAUUAGGCAGUUUGAAAAUAUAUGAUAUACAAAUAUAUCUUGUUAAUAUUGUUGAAGCUGUGUAUGUAUGUGUAUAUUGUAUAAGUAUUUAUUAUGUAACAGAUAUCUAAUUCUUUACAGAUUUAUUCUGAAUUAAAAUAUAUAUUUGAUGUUGCAA